AUGGAGAAAUUUUAUACAACCCUUCAUUCAACCAUUGAGCAAGUACCUCUCCAUAAUUUUCUAGUUAUAGCUGGUGAUCUGAAUGCUAGACUAGGACCCGAUGAGACCAAGUUUACUUUCAACUCUAAAACCAAUCGGAACGGAGAAAUGCUCAAAGACUUCUUGGAGGAAUUUAAUCUCUACACCUCCAACAAUUCUUUUAUGAAACCAAAAGGUCAACUUUGGACAUUUGAGUCCCCACUUGGUGAUAGGGCACAAAUUGACUACCUCAUCUUUCGAAAGAAAUGGCGCAAUAGUGUUAAAGACUCGAGAUCCUACUUUUCCUUUAGUUCUGUCGGCUCUGACCACAGAAUUGUAUCAGCUACCGUUAAGCUUAGUCUUCGCUCAUCCAAAAAAACUAAGCCUCACCCGAUGAAAAUGAUCGACUGGGAGGAAGUCUUAUCUAACCCCGAUAUGUCCAAACAAUUUACUAUUGAGGUCUAUAACACAUUUCAAUCUCUGUCUACUUCUGAAAUAGAUGCUGAGAACAUUGAAGAAGUAUACAGCAGCCUCAUCAAAUCAAUAGAGGAAGUUGCACUGGCUACUCUUCCCAAAAAGAAGAGUAGGGGCCAGAGCAAACCUUCUAAUUCCCCAAAUGUCAUCGAAGCCAGAAACCAUCUAAAGUCUAUAUCACUAGCUUACCACCGUUCUCCAUCCCAGUCACUGAAGAUCCAACUCAUAGCUGCCAAGAAGAAUCUUCCAA